AUGGAUAUCCUUCUUUUGCGGACGCAGAAGCCUUAUUCGGCCAUCACCCUUCACAUCGACAGACUCACAAGUGAAGAAUAUGACAUCGACGACUCGAGUGGGGUUGUAGACCUAAUCGAAGUGGUCCGUCUACAAGCGACAGGCCCAAGUGAGGCCAGUAGAGCCCUACGGAAGAAAUUGAAAUAUGGAUCCGUGCAUCGCCAGUUAAGGGCUCUUACAAUCCUAGACUUCAUUUUCCAGAAUACUCCCACCAGAUAUCUCCGCGGCUUCACCGAUGAGCCUCUCCUCGAACGUCUCCGAGUCGCAGCCACAGAUCCUGUUUCAGACCAAGAAGUUAAGGACAAAUGCAGGCAACUGUUUUUGCAGUGGUCCUCCUCCUUCAAUGGAGUGGCCGGUAUGGAACGGAUUGCGACCCUUCACAAACAACUCCCGCAACGGAAAAAGCCGAUGAACCGACAGCAAUCCAAAGUGCUCAAGGAAACUGAAGCGCAAUCCGAAUCGCCAAUAGGCCAUUCCGUAUCCAUUUCUGCAGGCAAUGGACCCGCUACUCUUUUGUCAUCUCCCACAUCUUCAAAGACUUCUAGACCAAGUCGAUCGAGUAUCUCCAAGAUAGCGAAAGACAGGUCCCAUCGCGGAAAUCCAUUCAAUCUUGAGAAAGAGAGGCCAGAGAUUAUGCGAACCAUUGCAUCUGCAUCUGUGGCAGGAACUAACCUCCUGAAUUCACUUAAACUGGUUAACCGCGAGAAUCAACGCGUGAGUGAGAACGCAGAAGUAAUGAGUCAAUUCGAUUCGUGCAAAAAUCUGCGACGACAAAUAUUGAGAUAUAUCCAACAUGUCGAAAGCGAUGAGUUUCUAGGAAGUCUCAUUCACGCAAAUGACGAACUAGUAAAUGCGCUUAUGGCCUUUGAAGUUCUCGACAAAAGCGUCGAUGAUGAUAGUGACAGUGAUAGCGAAGGCGGAAGGGGCAUUAACGACGGGUUUGCGGGGCUUGAACUUGAUGGGUCUACCAAGCCUCCUCCGCGGCCUGCAAAACCCACCAACUUCUCGUACAGUGCCCGAUCAUCGGCAGCACACGGCAAACAACGGGAAUCAGAUAGUCUAAGUGAAGAAUCAGAAGAAGAGGAAGACGAUGAUGAAGACAAUCCGUUCGGGGACAGGAAUGCAGUAAAGACUCCCGGCAUUGAACAGUCUGGACUUACUUGGCGAGAAGUUUGAUUAUUCGUUCUGCGGAAGCAAGAGUAUUCCCCCUUCCGGUUACUGAAUCUCCCGCUCCCCACCCCACAUUUGCAUCGUCUCACACGAAUUAUACUUCGCCGAUAGGUUUUUAAACUCUCGACCCAGUUUGUACCUCCUAUGUUGGGGGUUUUCUGAUCACACUGUUUACUGGAAGACGUUGAAUGGAGUAUUGUCAAUGCCAAAGUUUGUACACCUACCUAAUUGUAUCCCAUACAUAUCUGUCAAUUAUUCCCUCUUCUCCAGUUGGCGAGAGGCAGCAGUGAUAUUAUUGCUCCCUAUCCUCACUUUCAGGCGUUUAAUAGGUUAUCUU